UACAUACCUAGAUAAACAUGUUGGAUCGGAUUGAUCAAGUUGUUCUUCCUGGAGACGAUAUCAGGGAUAUUACGGAGAAGGAUACAAACCAGGUUAUUCUGGGUCCUGGAUUGAGAAGGGAGGGGGAGAAGGUUCUUGUUAUAAAACCUGGAUUACUAAAAAGAAAGGACCCGGGAGUAUAUUGGAUUGACUCCCACCAGAAAAGAUAUGUUGCAAAUCGAGCUGAUAAUGUACUAGGCGUUGUUUUGAGUAAGGCUGGAGACACAUUUAGGGUCGACAUUGGAACAAGUGAGCCCGCCUCUCUUUCAUAUCUAGCAUUUGAGGGAGCUACGAAGAAAAACCGUCCAAAUGUAAACACAGGAGACAUUGUUUAUGCAAAGUUGCUGGUGGCGAGUAGGGAUAUGGAGGCAGAGCUGGUGUGCGUGGACAGCUAUGGGAAGAAGGCGGGGCUAGGAGUUCUGACAGGAGGCGGAUAUAUGUUUAAUGUACCCCUACAUACAGUCAGAAAAAUGCUUAGUCCGGAUUCCGUGCUGUUAUCAACACUCGGUAAAAGUAUUCAGUUUGAAGUUGCUGUUGGGAUGAACGGACGGGUAUGGGUUAGAGCUAGAACUGUUAAAGAAACAAUAUGUUUAGCGAAUGCAAUUGAUUGCUCUGAGUUCAUGAAUAACUCCGAGAUUGAAGCUAUGUGCAGCAAACUUACAGAUGUGCUUUCAAACUUUUAGAAAAAUUGACUUGUUUUUCUUAAUUUUUGGUUUGAAUGUAUUAAAGGCUGUGAUUUUU